GAAACACUGCACAUAUAUCUUGUAAUAAAAAAUAAAAAUAGAAAAUCUGAAAAGCGCCUAAAGAUUUUCCUGUUUUUUACCAUAUUUUGAUAAUUACAUGUUUAAUUGAAUAAUUUUAAGUUGACAACAGGAGCUCCUUGCCAAUCAUUAUCUACUGCAGCCAAUCAUCUUAACAGAUCUUUCAAAAAAAGGCGGAAUCAAGUUAUUAUAUCUUAUUCAGGAUAAAACAGUUGGUAUCGGUAUCGGUACCGGCUGAUACCAGAAAAGUCGGUAUCGGUAUUGGUAAGGAAAAAGUGUUAUUGGUGCUUCCCUAUUAAAAAGUAUAUUCUAAGACUAGGCCUAAUGCAUGUCUGUUAAACUGUCCUAUUAAGGGGGGAUUUCUUCUUUAAGAAGUAAUUUGUAUUUUAGUCAUUUUUACUGGGGAUUCAUUUUUGGUUUAGUUGGAUCUCUGAUGGGUUUCCAUUAGUCACACAUUUUUGCUGCUGAUUUUCUUCAGCUUAGCUGGUAUUUGCAUUCAUGAUUCUUAAUAUUUUUAUAAACAUCUAUUUAGAAUAGUUGACAAAUUGUUGCUGUCCUAUUAAAAAUAUGUAUCUCUAAAAUUACACAGUAAACUAAAAAUCGAUAUAGAUGUUUUUUUUAUUGGAUAGCGGCAUUAUGUACUGUUGGACUAGGAUCGCUUCAGGUCAUGUUAGCUGCUCUACACAGCUGAAACAUUAUUCGAGAAAACUGAAAGUGGUUUCAGCGUCAACUAGAUGAGAUUAAACUGUUGGAUAAGCCAUGGCCUUGUGUGAUUGGUGAAGGUGGGGAGAUGGUGCGAUGUUGAACAGACUUAAAAGCCACACACAUUUCAGUUAGCUGAAAUAUCAGAAGCUAAGGAAGCUCUCACCACCAUGGCCACGACUGCUGUCCUGCUCUUGCUCUCACUUUUGGCAGAAGGUGUGGUUUCCUCUGCUGUUGAGAAGCGCCUGGUGUCUGCAAACCCCUGUGCUGCUACUGAGAGACCGUAUCAUGCCCGGGUAGUGUACGAGACUCACGAUGGACACAGCUCCACAUGUGCUGGCACGCUCAUCCAUAUGCAAUGGGUGAUCACUGCAUCACACUGCUAUGGCGGGCCUGGCGGCAUUCUGACAGUGGAGCUUGGUGGACAUCCAAAGAACGCUGAGAAAAUGACACUGCGCAUUGAACACGCCAACGUCUUCAAUUAUUCCCCGUCAGAUGAGCCCAUCAUGUUGCUGAAGCUUCCAAAGGCUGUGAAAAGCAUUGUUCCGGCUGUAAUAAGGUCUGGACAUUGUGUUGUUCCAGAUGAUGGGGAGGAACUGAUGGUGUCUGGUCGUGGUGCCACUAGUGCUGAAGGAGGUCCAGGGGUGAAAGAUCUGAUGUGCCUAAAGGUUAAAUCCCUCAGCAAGGGUCACUGCCCAAAUAUUGCUGGCAGCAACUAUGAAAAGUACAAGUUUAUCUUCUGCGGGGGAGCAAUUGAUAAUGCACAAAUCAAAGCUUGCAAAGGUGAUUCUGGAUCCGGUGUUGUGAGGACACAAAAGGUCACAAAAUCAUCUUUUAUCUUUUGGACCAAAGAAGAGCAGUCUGAGAUGUUCACUGGAGUUCUCAUCAGUGGAGAAAAAGAAUGCGAGGACAAUUUUGUGUUUGUUAACACCUGUGCCGACAAAAUUAAAUCAUGGAUAGACAGUAUAUUAAAAAAAUCCUAAAAAGAAAGUAGCUUUGUUACAGACACAGAGAUCUAAUUCAUGCAAGUAAGAAAAACACUUUUAGCAUAAAAGGUUACAAUACGGUUGAUGGGGUUUAUUACUUAUUUUUAGAUGUGUGUCUAUCUUUCAUUCAGAUAAUAAAGUAGGCUACUUUUUUCUGAGUAAACUGUAUCUGAUUUGAAGAACUGCAGUUCUUCAAAACUUUUUAUUAUGUAAAAUGCAAUAAAUAAAUCAAUAAAACUUUUCACGUUAAGAA